CUUCAUUUAUUUGAUAAUUGAUUUAUUUCAAUUUCCUCUCUCCACACGUGAUCCCUCUCUUUUCUCGUUUUAGGUUUUUGUUACUUUACAGUUUCGUUUUAUGGAAUCGUGUAAACCGCUAUAAGAAUAAUUUGAAUUUGUGAUCGUUGGGCUGAGUUGGGUGUAAUGUGGAUGUGAAUCGAAUUAGGAGUUGGGGAUUUUGGUUGAAGAGGUGCAGAGAAGUGAAAAUUCUUCGAUGAAGAAGCGGCAAUGAGGGGGUGGGAGAGAAAUGGAGGUUAGAUCGGAGAAUAUACAGGCGAGAUGCGACAAGGUUCCAGCUCAGGUGAUCCCUAGGACUCGGUUACAGGGGUGGUUUGUUAGAGUUUGCUCCAGCAUUUUGCUCUGGACUUGUUUAGUCCAGCUUGUAGCUGUUGGGAAAUUAUGGCACUCGCAUCUGUUUACGGGAUUAACCAACCGGGUUUCCUGGGUUAUAAGACCUCCGGUUCAUGUGGAAGAGGCUGUUCAAUCGCCGCCGCCUCUCCUUCCAGCUAGAAAUUAUGAAAGCAAGGGUUUUCUUAGAGUUUCCUGCAAUGGAGGCUUGAAUCAAAUGCGUGCUGCGAUCUGUGACAUGGUGGUGGUUGCACGGCUUUUAAAUCUCACUUUGAUUGUCCCAGAGCUUGAUAAGACAUCAUUCUGGGCUGACCCUAGUGAUUUUGAGGACAUCUUUGAUGUGAGACAUUUUAUUGAUUCACUAAGAGAUGAAGUUAAAAUUGUCAAAAGGGUGCCAAAGAGGUUUAGUAGGAAAUAUGGACAUGAAGCUUUUCAGAUGCCACCAGUUAGUUGGUCAAAUGAAAAAUAUUACUUGGAACAGAUUCUGCCCCUAUUCAACAAAUAUAAGGUGGUACAUUUCAAUAGAACUGAUUCACGGUUGGCAAACAAUGGGAUCCCACUUGAUCUUCAGAGACUAAGAUGUCAUGUUAAUUUCCAGGGACUAAAAUUCACUCCUGAGAUUGAAACUUUGGGACACAAGUUGGUUCAAAUUCUUCAACGAAUGGGACCAUUCGUGGCUUUACAUCUAAGAUAUGAGAUGGACAUGUUGGCUUUCUCUGGCUGCACACAUGGUUGCUCCCAGGAAGAAGCAGAGGAGCUAAAACAAUUGAGGUAUGCAUUCCCUUGGUGGAGAGAGAAAGAGAUAGUCUCUGAAGAGAGGAGACAACAAGGUUUAUGUCCUUUGACACCGGAGGAAGCAGCUUUAAUUUUGCAAGCUUUGGGUUUUGAUAAUGAAACACAAAUCUAUAUUGCUUCUGGGGAAAUUUAUGGUGGUGAAAAUAGAUUGGCAUCACUAAAAGCUGCCUUUCCACGGAUUGUGAAAAAAGAAACAUUAUUACAGCCUGCCAAGCUGCAACAAUUUCAGAACCAUUCAUCUCAGAUGGCAGCUCUGGAUUUUAUGGUAUCAAUAGCCAGCAACACUUUCAUUCCAACAUAUGAUGGAAAUUUGGCAAAAGUUGUGGAAGGUCAUCGUAGGUAUCUUGGAUUUAGAAAGAGUAUUCUAUUAGAUCGAAGAAAACUAGUGCAGUUGCUAGAUUUGCACCAGAAUGGAACACUUUCAUGGAAUGAGUUUGAGGCUGCUGUAAGGCAAGCACAUGAGAAGCGGAUGGGACAGCCCACCCGUAGAAGAGUUGUUCCAGACAAGCCGAAGGAGGAAGAUUAUUUCUACGCAAAACCCCAGGAGUGCCUUUGUGAGGAAACAAGUUGUGAUGACUUACUAGGCCCUCGCAACUCAAAUAAGCUCUUAUGACUGCGGAACGUGCAAUCAUUUCUCCAUGGUGUGAAGAACAUCCAUUUGGGGUUUGUAAGGGGGCCUUAAAUGGCAUGGAUAAACACACUUGAGAGUGAGAUUUGUAAGAAACGGCAGUGAAAAUUCCUCUGGUUUACGAGUGGGCAUCAAGAAGUCCAUUCGUUAUUUCUUUAAUUUUUUACCCAAAAAAUUAAUUGGUUUUCCAUUUCCACUUUGGUUCAUUUGUACUUAACCAGGUCACAUAAUUCGACA